AAGAACUGCUGCUUGAUUAAACUGAAACUGUUCUGAAUCACUCAUAUUAUAUUCUAUAUUACAGUACAUUUCGUAUGUAUGUUUUGUUGGAACAACUGUAAUAGUUGUUCCUACUAAACAAUUUCUUUAUUACCUGGAACUACUUUCUUGUAAGGCUUGGAUGAAUGAAUACCUGGUGUGGGAUCCUGUGGCUUGUGAUGGUAUCACCAGGAUAUCAUUACCCGUGAGGGAGCUUUGGAGCCCUGACAUCAUUGUCUUUGAGUUUGUGGAUGACGACGUGUCCCAGGAGUGUCCCUACGUGUACGUCAACCACACGGGUCACAUCCGCUGGAACAGGAUGUUGCGGCUCGUCAGUGCCUGCAACCUGAAGAUCUUCAGCUUUCCCUUCGACAUCCAGAACUGCUCCUUCACAUUCGGCUCCUACAUGCACACCACCCAGGAUGUGAAGUUGAAUGCAGCCUUGACAUUUGAGGAGAUGUCAGAGAACUCCAAACGCAAUCUGGAGGCCAGCGGGGAGUGGGAGCUGGUCACCAUCAUGGGGGACACUUCAAUCCUUAAAUUUGGCGUAGACGAGUGGGACAUCAUCACCUUCUGGGUGGUGAUCAAGCGGAGUCCGUUGCUGUACGUGGUCAACCUCCUGAUCCCCAGCUCCUUCCUCAUGCUCAUCGACAUUGUGUCGUUCUACCUGCCGCCUCACAGCGUCGACCGUGCCUCCUUCAAGAUGACCCUCAUCCUGGGCUACACCGUCUUCCUGCUCAUCAUGAACAACCUGCUCCCCAGCACAGCCAACGGGACACCGAUCUUAGGUAUCUAUUUCUCAGUGUGCCUGGCUUUGAUGGUCAUCAGUCUGAUGGAAACUGUCAUCAUCACUUACGUGCUCCACCACAACUCCCUGAAGUAUCGCAAGGUUCCCCACUGGGUGCGUGUGGUCGUCCUCGAGCACAUCGCCCGCCUCAUCUGCUACCGUUGGCCGGAGCAAGACUCGCUUGCUUCCGGAACCCAGACGGACAAAGGCAACCAGUGUGAACCGGCCCAGGGGCCCUGGAUCAUCCAACCAUCAUCAGCAGACCACUCACCCUCUCACCACCCUGCCAGCAUUAAGGGUCCUGUGGCGACAGUAGCGACCGUACCAGAGCUGAAGCAGAUCAGCCAGGACCUGAGCGCUCUGCGGGCCCAUCUGACGUCACUGCAGAAGGAAGGACAGCUGCUGGACCAGUGGUGCCAUGUGGGCUACGUUCUGGACUUCCUGCUCUUCCGCAUCUACUUGUUCAUCAUUACCUGCUACGCUUUGGUCAUCAUCUGCAUGUGGUUUAUCUGGAUCAACCAGUGAAGGGCUGGAAAUGGUGGGUGUGUGUGUAUGAGGGGAAAGAUGGAGAACAGCUGUGUAACAAGUGUGUAAGCCUGUAGUUUUAGCACUGUACAUGUAGUAGAGACAGUAUACACGUAACCUACUCUUCCAGUACAAUAUAUCCUCUCCUCUGUUUUUUGAAUGCUGUGUGGUGUGUGAGCCCUUUGCUAUUAUUGGCCUUGUUAUGCUUCCAGUUCAUUAGCACCUGACUGAGCCUGCUGCGCCUGAGGUGACAAAACAAUAAAAUGGGACACGGUCAUUAAGACACUGUGUUCGAAAUGCUGCCGUGUCAUGUCUGUUUAUUAGGUAUGUUAGCUUGCUGCUAACUUCCUACUCAACAUUUAAUCUGUCGAAUAAAAAUCCAACGGUGAACAGUCUGACCAGUCUUUUAUUGUCAUCAUAAUUAUAUAACAAUUUAACACAAUAUACAUUUUUAUUGUUAUAUAAUUUUUUUUCAGUAGUGCACUUCAAUAUCCUCACACGCCUCCACAUAAAAAAGGAGUUAAUAACUAACAAUAGUUCACUGGGUUGGGGAGGCCUUGAACAAGUCAAUUAAAGAAACUUCAUUCAGGAAAAAGAAUUGAAUAAUCACAAUACAGUGUUUUCUUUAAAGCAGCCUUGUUAAAAUCAAUUCAGAUAAGUCUGUCACACAACUCCAGUCACUGAUCGACAGCUAACAGAUCCACAAAGAACACAACUUAUUCCAUGGUAUAACAUAUACCAUUGAGGUGUAUGGAGACCGAACCUCAGCUAAAACAGACCUCAGAACCAUAACUGAAAAAUGGCUGACACCUGUGACAGGCGAACCCCGUUAGGAAAUAAAGCUAAGAGAAGCCCCAAGA